AUGGCUGUUAGCAGUGUCCUACUUACCGGCAUGAAGUACCACUUUGGCGCUGCUUAUGGACUUCUAAAAACAUCGGUUUUCGGAUCCCCCUCCUCACCGAAUACCUUCUUUGGGUUCGGAGACGAUUUGCAAGAAGCAAGAUGCAGCUUUGUUGACAUUGAUGGAGAAGAUAUUGAAAUGCGAUGGAUUGCAAUCUCAAAGAUAUCACAUUGGACGUUAAGUUGGGAAUCGUUGUGUUUGACCUCUGAUAAACUAAUGACACACCAAAUGUGUGUACUUCUAUCGUCACAACGCAGCAUUUUUGCAUCACUAUUUCUAUUGGAAACUGCACGACCAAAAGGUAUAAAUUUGCGAAGCUGUCGAUUAAUAAGUAGGAAGAUUCCUCCACCUGGAAAACCACCAAUUUGCCCUCCUGCUAAAAGAAUAUUGUAUCAUGUUGUGCAUCAUCGUUGGAUGAGACCCGAUGUUGUCAAAGAGUUAUUAUGGCGUCGACAUGUUUACAACAAUGCUAUAGUAUCUUUGCGUAAAUUGUUCAAAGAAGAAUAUGUUAGAAACAAAUAUGAAGAUAUGAUAGCUAAGGAAAAGCGAGAAGAGAGUGAAGAAUUUGAGUAUUUAUUAUCAGUAAAUGAAGAGAGAAAUCGAGAAGCAGCAGAGAGAAGAGAAGAGCGUGAAAAGGAAGAGCUGAGGAAGAUGGAGUGCGAAUAUUUAAAAAGUAUUGAAAAAGAAUUGGAAAGGAAGGAAAUAAAUAUAAAACAAAGGAUGAAAGAAGUGCUUCAGAUGGUUGAGCGGAGCAAAUAUUUCGUAACUGACGAAAUUUUGGAUGAGAAACUGGAGGAAGCUUUGGAUAAUCCAGUCGUUUAUGAUUACGCGGUAGAUUUGCAAGGUAAUAAAUAUUAUGUCCCAGUACCGGAAAAAUAUAUCAAAGGUACGCCUCCUCGCCAAAAGGGGCGCAUGUACGAUGUUACUUUGGGUACAGAGCAUUACAGUAAGUUGGUGUCAUUCUCUGCUGAUUCGAGUACGAAUGCUCUGAAAGAGGGCUUUAAACGGAAGUAA